AUGAUUCGGCCACACUCCGAAGGAUUCUGUUAUGAAGAAUAUGACUUCGAGGUGAUGAAACGAACGCUCAAUUCUCUGAAAUCCUACGGGGCUGACGGUUUCGUCUUCGGGAUUUUGAAUCGAUCCCCAGAAAUGACUUGUGCUCGGAACAUGUCAUGGGUUGAUGUAUCCCGUAACAAGCAGCUUGUUCAACUAGCUGACGGGCGGCCCUGCACAUUCCAUCGUGCCUUUGAUGUUAUUCCUGAGUCCGACUGGGAGAACGCAUUGGCCGAUAUUAUGGAGUGUGGCUUUGCAUCGAUUUUAACCAAUGGUGGUGCUUCGGGAACAAAAGCAGUGGAGUGUGUUGAUAAGCUACGAGCUCUAGUGCGUUAUAAAACACAACUAGAAGAGGAAAGCAAGCUUCGAAACAACAAGGUUCCAGAAAUCAUUGUUGGAGGUGGUGUGAGGGCAUCAAACAUAGGCUUGCUUCACCACAUCACCGGUGCCACAGCCUUCCAUUCUGCUGCCCUUCUAGCCACGGAGGAGAUCACAUCCGCAACUGAGGUGUUUAAGAUGAAGGAUGAGAUAAUGCGGGGAUGA